CGUGCGUGCGCACGCGCCUGCCCUGUUCUGCAUUUCUACUUGUGCUCCAGGAAACACUCGCCCAGUUGUGAGUGUGUGACGACACAGCACAUAACUGACGGGGUGAAGGCUGAGGCUUCGGUGUUCCCCCGCUGCUCUGCCGCCGCUCAUCGCUCUGAAAUGCGCUCCCGUGCAUCGGCACCCCCUGCGUCACGAGGACCCCCCGCUGCCGCCGCCACAGACUGAACUGAAGCAUCUGCAAGCUCCUUACUGCUGCCGCUGCCGCUUGGCAUUCCCUUCAGCCACUCUCUUGCGAUGGAAGACGGCUCUCCGUGCCCCCAGGUGUUUGUGGUGGACAGUCAGGCAGGUGCCUCACGGCCCUUUAGCCCCGCCCCCCUGCGCCGCGGGGCCGGGAAAGCCUGGCGGCUGCUCUGGCUACUGGUGAGCCUGUUGCUGCUUGGCAUGAUUGUCGAGGCCUUCUUCAUCUACCAGCUGUACCAAAAACCUUUGGGAGACUCCGCCUCCACCUCCGCCUCUGCCUCUGCCCUGAAGGGCAUUCCAGAUAAAUAUGAAAACGAAGUUCUCUCAAAAACAGCGAGGACACCUGUGAAGCCAUCCAGACCUUCAGCUCACCUCACAGGGAUUGCCAUUGACGGCAUGCUCACCUGGAGGGAGUUUGGAGACACAUUCAUCCAUGGGAUGAAGCUCAAAGAAGGUGGGUUAUUGGUGCAGACGGAGGGCUACUAUUUCAUCUACUCCAGGGUGCACUUCUCUGGCGCUGACUGCUCCCUCUUCAAGCACGUGGUGCAGCGGUACACGCCGCGUUACAACGGCCCCUUGGAGCUCAUGAAGGCCAAGCACUUCCACUGCCGAGAGAAGGAGAAGAAUGGAAUAGACACGAGCUACCUGGCAGGGACAUUCCACUUGUACAAAAACGACAGCAUUGUGGUCAAGGUGGAGAAACCCUCCCAGCUGCUCUACCAGGAGUCGUCGGACAACUUCUUUGGCGCGUACAUGAUUUAGGUCGGCGGCAGCUUUGUGGAGCGCUCAAGAGCCCCACGGAAGCAUCGUCGCCUGGCCAACGUCUCCAAAGACAUUCGCAACGUGCUCCUUUUCUGUCCACGGACGAUGCGGCUGGACGUAAUUCUGUCCGCAGCCACAUUCGGGCGGGAGGCGAAUUGCCAACGGAUCUUUUCUCGUCGCUUCUUGGAAAGCGUGCCCUUGGAGCACUUGGGGAAGAGGCUCUGUAGUCGUCGCCGUCGCUCGGGCGCAGAGGGCUAUACCUCCCACGUUUCGAACACAGUGCUUCACAAGGAUCUUCUUUAAGCAGGACUCAUGGCGUGAGACGACCAGCUCCUCCUUUUCAGUGUUUUACUUAUUUAUUUCCAGUGGCCCUUUCUAGAGUUUCUGCAAUGUCUUGAGCAGAGUGGACGCAAUGGCCGCUGGACUCACUCCGCUCCACUUCCACCAUGUUUACAGCUCGCGUCUCCUUUUCCUGGCUCUCGGAGGCAAACCUGUAUUAUUAACCCGUUACUCACUGAUUCAUGAAAACUUUGGGAAUUUUGGUGUUUUUUGUAUGAGCUGUAAAAUGUGGUACUGCUGGACCAGAUGCCAUUUAAAAUCUACAGAAAUGCCAGUGUAUUAAAUUACGGUAGAUUAUAAAAAUGUCCCUCAAUACAUGACGAUAAAUAUCACCUGAUAUUCAGGUAUUAAAAACCGAUACUGUUUGUCGAAUGGCUGCGUGAUUCGCUGGAAGCAACAAUGUUUACAUCAGCACUGUUACUGGCUCUUGGGAAAUAAUAAUAAUAAUAAUAAUAAUAAUAUUAAUAAUAAUAAUAAUAAUUUCAUUUUCUUGUGUGAUUGCAGGUCCCACUGUAAUAAUAACAAUGGACAGUUUGCUCAGUACUGACAAUGUCUAUUCACUUUCAGUUCAGGUACUGAAGUUCACACCAGAAAUGGACUUUAGAAAUAAUACAGGGCAGCACUUUUGAACCUGGAACACUGGGACAUUUAUUUUGCACUUAUCUUUUCUUACAUGUGAUUGUGAAACCCGGCAAUGCUUUGAAAUUGUUGUGUUUAUUUAUGCAAAAGGGCUUCUAUGUAUCAGCAAUGUAUAUAUAGAUAUAUACUUAUACAUUUUAAA